ACGGGUUGGGACCGAAGUGAACAUCAUAACCCGGUGAUUCACAAGCUUUUAAACGAAACUCAAUUUUUAGGGUUUUAGACUCUGUGUUGUUCGCUCAAUGCUCAUAGCCAUGGCCGAAGAGACCGCACCAGAGCUCGCCGAAGCCAACUCAGCCGCCCAAGACAUGGAACUCGAGGCCGUCGGACCCGAACGGGAUCCGAAGGAUGGUGACGACAAAGGGGUCGACUCGGCGGCGCCGAACGGUGACGCGAACUCGAAGCGAGUGAGAGAGGAAGGGGCUGAAGAAGAGGAAGAGGAAGAGGAAGGAGAAGAAGACGACGCCGUUUCGAAUAAGAGGCAGAGGGUGGAUAGGUCCGUGGAAGAAGAGCGGUUGGAGAAGCUCGGGGAUGGCGAGGAGGAGGCGGGGGGUCGGGUCAACUUGGGUGCGAAGGAGUUUGGGUCGUCGGUGGAGAUGUUCGAUUACUUCUACAAGAUUCUCCAUUACUGGCCUCCAAACCUCAAUCUCAACAAGUACGAGCACAUGGUGUUGAUGGACUUGCUUAAGAAGGGUCAUCAAGAGCCAGAUAAAAAGAUCGGGGGAGGGAUUGAUGCUUUUCAAGUGCGAUACCAUCCUGAGUGGAAAAGUAGGUGCUUCUUCCUCAUUAGGGUUGAUGAAUCUGUUGACGACUUCAGCUUCAGGAAGUGUGUUGAUCAUAUACUACCCCUGCCAGAAGAGAUGAAGAUAAAAUCUGAUGGCAAUAAGGCGUUUGGUGGCAGAGGUGGUAAGGGUCAUGGUGGAAGAGGUGGUGGGCAUGGUGGAAGAGGUGGGGGGCGUGGCCGUGGAAGAGGGGGUAAGUCAAGGAACUGAGGUACCCUGUUUAAUUUACAAGAGGUGGGUUUAGGUUUAUGGCGGAAAGAGUUUGUAGAAGAAACAUCUGAUUUUUUCAGUUUUAUCCUUCUAAUACUUUUUGAUCUCUACUUUAUUCUAGUUGAUAUUGAUAUUUAAAGUGAGUUUUUUAUAUUUGGCUUUCACUCUGGAUGCUGAAAGGGCGUUUAUAGAGUUUUAAGAUUGCAAGAUA